AUGGAUUUGGUUAUUGGUAGGGGAACAUUUGGGACAGUCAGAGUCUUUAGGGAUUCAAAAUUUGGGAAACUUUGUAUCUACAAGACUGCAAACUCGGUUGAAAAGAAUGGGGAUCUCGAAAAGGAGGACAAUUUGCUUAGAAAACUGAAGGGAAAACAAGUAGUCGAGAGAUAUGGUUCUUUUGUGGAUGAAAAUGGACUAUUUACAAUAAUCCUAGAGUACUUACCAAGAGAUCUAAGAAAGGUAAUACUUAAAGAAGAGGCUUAUAGCUUUAAUAUUAGAAGGAAAAUCCUUUUUGAAAUAUUGAAGGGAAUUGAGCAUAUUCACAAUUUAAAAGUCACUCAUAAUGAUUUGAAACCUGAGAAUGUUUUAGUGAAUGAGGAUUUCAGCAUUAAGAUUUGUGACUUUGGAAUGGCUACAGAAACUGAUAGUAAAACUAUUAAAUACGAUAAGGUAUUCACAAACCUUAAAUAUAAAAGUCCAGAAAGACUUUUAGGUACCAGAAAUUUAGAUGAUCUUUUUGCUAGCGAUAUCUGGUCCUUUGGGUGUAUAGCUUUUGAACUCCUAACUGGGAAGGCAUUAUUUAAUGGAGAAAAUGAAAUAGACCAAUUAUUAAGUAUUUUCAGAAUAGUGGGAACACCAGUAGAAGCAAGCUUGAAUUAUUUGAAUAGCUUACCUUCAAUUUCAAAAUCAGGAAUAAUUCUUCCCUCUUUCAAGCCAAAUUGGGAGUUGUUAGGGUUUAAUUGCAAAGAUAGCAAACCUUUCUUUGAACUACUAAGACAUUCAUUAAACCCUAGUUCACUUGAAAGGAUUACUGCAACUCAAGCUUUAAAAUUAAAAAUCUUUUCAGAUCUUUUGUAG